AAUGGAAGGAUAUAGGCUUCUAUGAUUUCUUUUUCUAUAAUUAUACCGAAGCUAGAGUGAUUACCUAGGUAAAGCUUGGGUGACGUUAGGUACGUAGGUAACUAGGUGAGCUCCAUUGUUGCUUGAAAAAUAGCUGUAGUUGACAUACUACUUGUGUUUUCUUCAUCUGUCAAUAUUAUUCUUUCCAAUCAAAGUCUCCCAAUUUCUAAUUAUUUCGAUAUCAGAAAAAUUGAGUAGAGAGGUUAUUCGUGUCCUAUUGCCAAUAAUUAGCAAUUGAAGCUAUCAUGAGCGCCACCGAAGUAAAGGCGUCUGUUCUCCACGGAGCAGGAGACCUCCGGGUUCAAGUCCGACCACUACCCGAUCCUUCGGCGGACGAGGUGCAGAUAGCUGUACAGGCAACUGGUCUCUGCGGUUCAGAUCUACACUACUUCCGACAUUUUCGAAAUGGCCAGAUCCAAGUACGAGAGCCUCUCACUCUGGGACACGAGUCGGCGGGUGUAGUUGUUGCUGUGCCGGCUACGGGAUCUCCCUUUAAGGUCGGCGACCGUGUGGCCCUCGAAGUCGGCUUACCCUGUGAGAAUUGCGAAUUAUGUCGCGAAGGUCGAUAUAACAUCUGUCGUGGCAUGAACUUCCGUAGUUCUGCUAAAGCUUUCCCACACGCACAAGGUACCCUACAGGAGAGGGUAAACCACCCCGCAAGGUGGUGUCAUAAAUUGCCAGAUUCUCUAACUCUCGAACACGGCGCGCUCGUCGAACCCUUAUCUGUCGCGAUGCACGCUAAGGAUCGAUCAGGACUGAAACAGGGGUCUACGGUAUUAGUGCUAGGCGCCGGAGCAGUAGGUCUGCUUUGCGCGGCUGCAAGUAAGGUAGCUGGGGCCAAGACCGUGGUUAUAGCGGAUAUCCUAGAGGACCGUGUCAAGUUCGCCGUCGAGAACGGAUUCGCUGACGCUGCGUUUACGGUGCCCAUUGUGACGCCGAGGCCGGAAACAAUCGAGGACAAACUAUCGUAUGCGCAAGAUGUAGCUGAGAAACUGAAAGCUUUAAAGGUUGAGGAUGGGAGUGAGGCUAUUGGCGAGGUUGCUACUACGUUUGAGUGCACAGGCGUUGAAUCAUGCAUGCAAACGGCCAUAUAUGCAACACAACCUGGCGGCAAAGUCAUGAUUAUCGGAAUGGGCACGCCAGUUCAGACACUUCCUAUUUCGGCUGCGUCGCUCAAGGAAGUCGACUUGGUCGGCGUGUUCCGAUAUGCCAAUGCGUAUCGCAAAGCUAUCGAUUUACUCGCAAGCGGGAACCCGUUAUUACCCGAUGUUCAGAAACUUGUGACUCACAGACUGAAGGGAUUAGGGGGCAUACCUACGGCUUUUGGUACGGCUGCUAAAGUAAAGGAUGAGGAGGGAAAUUUGGUGAUUAAGGUUAUGGUAGAUAUGACGGAAUAGAUGUAAAACUUUGCGUACGGUAGAGGGUCUAGUUAAGUUAUUUCGAUUGUGGAAAUGUGAAAUGAAGUCCAUUCAAACCUUCAACCUCACGUACCUAGUAGUUAUAUGAUCGUUUGAAACAGCUAACUCUCUAGAUUGUUC